ACACUGGGACAUUCGUGACAUGGUGGUGUGGUUACCAUGGCAGCAUUUGUCAAACACUGCUAGGACUAGCUAACUGCUGUUUAGAUGUUACUUAUUACCUACCGUACUCAUAUUUUAAUAUAGUUCGCUACCCUGAGCUUUUAAUAUUUUAUAGUGUGCGCCACCAUGUCAAAGUAUAAGACAUCUGGAUACAAAGGUUCACAUGACUUUACAAAAAGUGAGGAGCGGGAGGGAAGAAGUUUUGUGCGUUACAGAUGUGGCCUACUCAACACCAUACAGGAUGUAUUGCGCCUAAGACCAGGUUGGGUGGAAGUCAAAGAUGAUGGAGAAUGGGACUUCAAUUGGUGUGAUGUGGGCUGGCUGAGGGAGAAUUUUGACCACUCAUAUAUGGAGGAACAUGUAAGGAUAAACCACUUUCGCAACCAUUAUGAGCUGUCUCGCAAAAACCUCAUGGUGAAAAACCUUAAAAGAUAUCGGAAAAAUCUUGAAAGAGAUGUUGGCCGCAUGGAGGCAUCCAAAUGUGAUUUUUUUCCCUGCACCUUUGCACUGCCCAGCGAGUAUCAUCUCUUUGUAGAGGAGUUCAAAAGAAGCCCUGGCAGCACCUGGAUCAUGAAGCCGGUAGCAAAAUCUCAAGGGAAAGGCAUUUUCCUGUUCAAGAAACUGAAAGACAUCAUGGAUUGGAAAAAGGAUGGCACCCGCUCAGAGGAGAAGGACGCAGCUCAAGUAGAAAGCUAUGUGGCACAACGCUAUAUAGAGAACCCCUACUUAAUUAAUGGCAGGAAAUUUGAUCUGAGGGUCUAUGUGCUGGUUACAUCAUAUGUUCCCUUGAAGGCCUGGCUUUAUCGAGAUGGCUUUGCCCGCUUCUCGAGCACUCGCUUUUCCCUUAGUGCUAUCGAUGACAAGUAUAUGCACCUCACCAAUGUGGCUGUUCAGAAAACAGCACCAGACUAUGAUCCUGAAAAGGGAUGCAAAUGGCAGAUGCAGCAGCUUCGAAGAUACCUGACUGCAAAACAUGGCAGAGAGACAAUAGAAACUCUGUUUAAAGAGAUGGAUAACAUAUUCAUCCGCAGUCUACAGAGUGUACAAAAGGUCAUUAUCAAUGACAAACACUGCUUUGAGCUCUAUGGCUAUGACAUACUUCUGGAUCAGAACCUCAAACCGUGGUUGAUUGAGGUGAAUGCCUCUCCGUCACACACGCCAAGUAGUCGGGAGGAUUACGAAAUGAAGUACCGACUGCUGGAAGACACUCUGAAUGUUAUCGACAUGGAGGGAAGGCUGACUGGCAAGGAGAAAAGGGUGGGUGGCUAUGAUCUCAUGUGGAACGAUGGGCCAGUCUACAGAGAGGAUGUCAACUUAGAAACAUUUGGCAGUUUAUGUUUCACUGCCAAUACACACUUAGGGUGUGUGAAUGACAGAGAGAAGCAGCUUCGCCAGCUUCUGAAACCAUUUCCAGGCCAGAAGAGGAUCUAACACACUCAUCAUUUUUAUGUUCCCACCACUAAAGCACUUGGUGUAUGUCUGGGAUAAGACAGGCUCCAGUGAUCACAAGUAACUGUAAAAUAUUUGCAAUUUCACAUUUCACAACUCUGUGAUGAUUUGAUCACAAUCCAAGCACUUUGGUUAUGUGAAUAUGCAAAUUAAAUUUCCUGAAAACUACAGCAAAACUUGUAAUAGUUUAAAGACAAGUAUACUAGUAUACAAAUGUUUUUUCUUAUAAAUGCAGUAUUUGGCAUGAUUACUAACCACAAGUGUAAGUG